AUGUCCGUCAAGCGGGUUUUAAUUAUCGCCGGCUCGGACAGCUCAGGCGGCGCCGGAUUAGAAGCUGAUCAGAGGGUUCUCGCUGCUCAUGGUGUUUAUGCUCUGACAGCAACGACGGGUUUAACGGCCCAGAACACCUUGGGGGUGCAAGACAUUUUUAUCGUCCCUGCACAGUUUGUGAAGAAGCAGAUUAAUGCUGGGUUAGAGGAUGUGGGAGCAGAUGUUGUCAAAUUAGGAAUGCUCUCCUCUGAGGGGACAAUUGAUGUCAUCGCUGAGGCUUUGACUUCGCAUCAAAUCCCCUCCGUGGUUUUGGAUCCGGUUAUGAUCUCUACGAGCGGGUCUCAAUUGUUACCCGAAGCAGCUGUUCAAAGUCUGCGCACAAAGCUACUACCCCUGACGACCAUCCUCACUCCGAACAUCCCUGAGGCGAUGCUCUUACUAAAAGAUGCCGGAUUGGACGUACAAGAACCGAAGGACCUCUCCGAUCUCACUCAGCUCGCAAAGCAAGUUCGUGCUUUGGGACCCAAAGCUGUCCUUUUGAAGGGCGGUCAUCUACCUCUCACAGCAGCCCACGAGGCGGCGCAGAACCCGGAAGAUGCGUCAACAGUGAUUGAUAUUCUGUAUGACGGAGAGAACGCCACUCUAUUCGAGACUGACUUCCUCGUGUCCAAGAACACUCAUGGCACGGGCUGCUCUCUGGCGUCGGCCAUUGCAGCCAAUCUGGCCCUUGGGAAAGAUAUGAAACGAGCAGUUCACGGUGCUGUCCGAUUUGUCGAAGCGGGAAUCAAGACAAGUGUCGAUAUGGGCAAGGGAAGUGGUCCAAUCAACCACUUUCACUCCGUGUAUUCCUUGCCUUUCGCACCCGAUCGUUUCCUGGAGUAUGCUCUCGCCCGACCUGAUGUCCGUCCGAUCUGGAAGAAGUUUACCGAGCAUGAGUUUGUUCACGGCCUGGGCAGCGGCAAGCUCCCUGUGGAACGGUUCAAGCAAUACCUGGUGCAAGACUAUCUGUACUUGGUCCAUUUCGCCCGUAGCAACUCGUUGGCUGCUUAUAAAGCAAAGUCCAUGGCGUCUAUUGCCGCGUCUGCCAAGAUCGUAUUACAUAUUGAGCGGGAAACGGCGUUGCACUUGGACUAUUGUGCGUCCUUUGGCUUGUCCAAGGCAGAGAUGGAGAGUUACCCAGAAAGCCUUGCCUGUACGGCGUACAGCCGCUACAUUCUCGACGUGGGACAAUCGGAGGACUGGCUCGCACUGCAGGUGGCUCUUGCGCCCUGUCUCAUCGGUUACGGAGCCAUUGCUAAGCGACUCUACACUGAGAAAGAGACUCUUCGGGAGGGCAAUCGCUACUGGCAGUGGAUUGAGAAUUAUGUUGCCGAAGACUACACGGAGGCUGUCCGAUUGGGAUCUGAACUCCUGGAGACACACAUGCGACAGGUCUCCCCAAGUCGUAUGGAGGAACUGAUCAAGAUCUUCAUCCGCGCGACGGAAUUGGAAAUUAGCUUCUGGGAUAUGGGGUUGGGCGACCACUCACGAGCGCAUAUGACAUCAUUGAGCACGUAG